AGGCAAGAGGCGAAACCAGACUAGUUUCUUUAACUGUUUGGACACGGUCUCUAUUCUAUCAUCAGCAUAGAAUGCUCGGAGUAAACCAAUGCAAAGAUGCUGCGCCCGGAUAGCAGGUCUCAAGACGCCUGUCCGACCACGACCUUCCACAUACUACAUAGCCUACCGCCGAUACGCCCAUCAUAGCCCGACCCUCAAACCAGAGACGCUUAGUCCCAGUCUUGGACAAGAGACGCAUAGUCCCCGUCUUGGACAAGAGACGCAUAGUCCCCGUCUUGGACAAGAGGAGGACUUCGAAAGUCUCGUCGGCGCCGACAAUGCCACCUUUGACACACUCGCCAGGGGGCUGAAGAGUCCUUCGCGACAGGCUUCGAUCAGGCACGCCAAAGCCCUGCACAAGGAUGGCUUCUCAUACAUAAGCGCCGAAAAGCUUCCUGCCCGCGAGUCGUCUCGUUCGACCAAGGCAUGGAUGCCUGCCAUCGAGGCUGCAUUGCCUCCGCGUCUGCGCACUCCGGCCGCUGUGACCAUGACCGACCAGACCUACUCGGCCCAGGACAUCAGUCGCAUCAUCCACAUCUCGUCCUACACGUACAAUCUGGAUCUGCUGACCCAUCUGGCUUUUGAUCAGCAUCGUCCAAAGGCUGCCGUAUGGCUCGCCUCGAUGGCCAUCUCUCACAACUUCAAGCCGGAACUCACCCAUCGCGACACCAACGUGUGGAACAACCGUUUAGAUCCUCGAAUCCCUUUGAAGGAAUUUACUGAACAGGACGAAUGUGACCUGUCAGAAUUGCCAUUGAACAGACACUUGGACGACAGCCACCCAGCCCCUUCAUUGGAUCAACUCACCGCCGAACUGCACCCACACGAAGAGCCGCUUCCCAACAUUCUGCGUCACGAGACAAUUGGUCAAAUAUGGGAGAGUCUAGCCAGGAUGAUCAUCAAAGAUGCCGCAAGAGCAAACAAAGACCCUUCUAACCAAGCCAUCAAGCCCGAGAUCCUUGAAAUCAUAGCCAUGCUACAUCACACAGGCGCCAUGCCCUCAUCCAUAUACUCCUAUCAGCCGCCCGACGAUUCCGUGUCCUUGUGUCAGCCUCCUACGCUACAUUUGCUGUCCAACCAGAUCAUCACCUCCUUAACAGACGCCGCUUGGAGAGCUCAUGAGACGAACGUAAUCGAAGAAGCGAGAGAAAGAGGUGGCGUUUACGAAUCCCUUCGACCAGAGAUUCCUGGCUCAAUGUACAAGGUUCAUGUCACCGGUCUUGGUCACGAAAUCUGGCUUGAGUUGGUCUUGUGGGCUUGUUUGUAUGGUCGUUUUUAUAAACAAGGUUCCAGGAUACUUAUGAACUUGGCAAAGCAGAAGGGCGACAACAAUUGGUCUGUCUUGUCAUGGAGAGAGCUGGCCAACCCAAUCAUUCAAUCUGGACAAGAAAAGUCGAUCAACUGGGACGAAGUCAAGUACAUUUUCAAUACUGGAAUCGCCGACACUGACCAAAUGGUCAACAAGAAGAAAGUACGCAGAACUGUGAGCGCAGAGGUUAUCGCUUCCUUUGUGGAUGCUGUCGUGUCCCACGUCAGUGCUGGUGUCGGUUCGCGAGGCAUGGCUCCCGAUGACCCUGCUGAAUUCUUGACCUCGAUGAAGAAUCUCUUUGGCCGUAACAAUAUGAGCCUGGGUUUCACUUCGUGGGAUGCCAUGAUCCUGCGAUUCUUUGAAUCAAGGGGCGUUGACUUUGAAAAGGAUCCAGCUUUGGCUCGCAAAGUCAAUUUGAUAUCCUCCAUGUUUGGCGAUGACAUUGCAACUGUCAACGCUCCUACACGGGACCAACUGUGGCAACCCACGCCUGCUUAUGUUUUGGACGGCACUGCAGCCAUCAUUGGUUACCAUCACCGUUUGCUUAGAGCUUAUAUCAAACUCGGCAGCUUGCGCGGUGCUACAGGAGUCGUUCAAGGUCUACAAAGAUUGACCGACAUAAACAAGGAGAGGUCGAUUCAGGAAUUUUUCAAGAAGCAACAAGACCUCACGACUCAAGAUGACGUACCACAAGAUGAUGCCGCGGAUACUUCUGACUUCGAGUUUGAAGGCCGUUAUGGCGGCAUUCAUUAUCCCAGUUUCUUCCCCCAGAUACCGGUCCCUCUUCUAGCAGACUUCCUCAAUUUGGUAGUUGACUCGAACGAUUUGGAGCUAGGUUCAUGGCUGGUGUAUUCACAGGACUUGGACGGACCAAUCAUUCACAAGGAAUUAUACAGCGAUCCUGCCAUGGGCCCUCCACUGGUAAGACUUGCUGCCAGUCUCGCUGACAAGGAUUUGAUGAGCAAAGUUUUCGACAAUCAAAGAAGAAAGUCGGGAACAAACCUUCCCAAAGAUGUGCUUACCGCGCUAUUAGAUCAGCAAAUCGAGGCAGCAAAUUGGCCCUUUGUCGAGAAAGCUCUGGACAAUUUUGCACAGUUGCCUGGUUACAACAUUGGCACGAUCACUACUGCAACCUUGGUUCGGACGAUUUUACGCGAGGCAAAGUCAUGCGACGGUGAUCUUACAAAACUCGAGAAAUCUGCAUCUGCGAAAGCGUUCCAGCGAAUGGCCAGAUUCCAGACAUCUGGUACCAAUCAUGGUUACAGAAGGCCACAGGAUACUGUGAGCUCUGAACUUGGAACUACCAUCUGGCACCUACUUGCACUUGUUAAUGACAACUGGAGAGAAUACGCUUGGAAGUCCUACCCCAAGAUGGCCUAUCAGAGUGAUUUCGGAUUUGUUCCUAGAACAUUCAACGUCAUCCUUGAUGCUGUUGUCGACAACUACGGUUCUGUUGCCGGUAAAGAAUACCUCGGUAAAUUCUGGCCCGAAUCGCUACGACAGUUGCCUUCAAGACCAUCAAACCACGACGAUACACCUGGCGGUGUGCCCCGCAUGGCCGCACGCCGCGAAGAUACCACUGUCUUGACUACUCCUUUUGUGGGUAAGAACUCCAACAAGCACAGGAUCCACAUCGAUGGCCCGGGCAAGGCAAAAGGUCGUCUUAACGUCUAUAUGCGCUCGAACCCGAAUGUCGCAACAAUCCGUAUCAUCUUGAAGGCGGCUCUACAAGAACAUGAAGGUCAACACGAAUACGGUCUCAUACGACAAGAGGUCGAUUGGGCGCGAAACAUGAUGAAGAGACUUGGCUUGGGCGACCGCCACAUUCAAGCCGAAUUCAAUGGCUUACCAGAGCUCGAGAACUACCCGGAGGCUCACGCAGCAAAUGGAGACGAUUGGGUCCAAAACACUUCAUUUGGUGUAACACCAAAUGAGUCUAUGAAUGAUGGCCUGAAGGACAAGGCAGACGAGAUCGAAGAUGAAUCUUGAGUGUCUCACGACGAAUGCAUAGACUUGUACAAUGGUAUAUCACGGCGGAACUUUGAAUAAGCGAUUACACGGCGCAUAGAUGGAGUUUCUGAGGGACUGUAAAUAUUGGUGUUGGGUCUGAUCUUUUCAUAUUGCAUAGCGGUUUGUAGGCUGUACUAUAUCACACUUGUUCAUUUACAACGU